AUGAUACGUCAAAAUUGCGUAAACCAAGCUGACAUGGCGGGCGAGUGGCUAGCUGGUUCAGUCAUCUUCGUGAUUUCAUUCGCGGGUGUAAUCUGUAAUUCUAUCGUAGCUGUUUUUGCUAGAAGGCUGACUUCUCUGAAAAAUUCUUUUGGACUUUUGACGACAAGCCAAGCAACGGGAGAGGCUAUGCUGUGUGCUACCUUUGCCUUCUACUAUUCUCCGAUGAUCACCUUGUAA